AACAAUAAGAUCAUAUACUAUACAAAACAGUAAAAUCUUAUUAUCUAUAAAGCAAUAGGACAAAUGUCGGAACGAAGUGCACAUGUGAAGAACCUUAUUAGUUAUUUGACAGUACCUUCUCGAUAUGAUCAAGAAAAACUCAUCAUUCAAUAGCAUAGUUCAACCCGUCAAGAAAACAUAACAUAUAGGAAAAAGAAAACAAACUCAAUAGCAAGCAUCAAGGGGAAAAGAUCACAACACUUCUACUCUUUGCAAAAGAUUCUGAAUUCUGAAUUCUGAAUUCUGAAUUGCUUCUCUUGUGACUGAGAUCAGCUUUCCUCUUGGGAAAGAACAACUGUCCGAAAAGUAUAUAUUCCAUCCACACUUUCGGCUCAGAAUAGCAAAGACGCACUAACCAUGCAUCACCCAAAAGGCAUCCACAGAAUCACCAAAUCCCCAGUUGUUCUUUCAUUAAUUUUCACCAUGGUUUUUUUAGUCCCAACAAAGGAAAUCAUAUGUAGUUUAUUCUACAAUGACAAUCCUCUUAUAAUACUAAAAUAAUGGUGUGAUUCAUGGCUCAUUCUCAGAAGCCAAUGGCCUAGAACAAAAGUUGCAUUUGGGCAUCGAAAUCUAGAGUUUGUUGGCCUCAACACCCUUCUGCAAAUAAGAGGAUAGGGUAGUCAUUUGGAGAUAGCUAAAGAAACCGGCCAAUCUCAUCUUUUCCUUUUUCGGGGGCCUUAUGCCAUGCACUAUGUACUUUACAGAGAAUUGAUCUCCCUCUAUAUUUUCAUGGGCCUGGGAGAGUGGGGGAAGAGGGGGAGAGGAAGAGAGGAAAUGGAGGAGCAGGUUGAAGGGUUGGGGAGGGCAUUUGUGGAUCAUUACUACUAUCUCUUUGACAAUGAUCGAUCUUCUUUGCCUUCCCUCUACCACUCAACUUCCAUGUUGACAUUUGAGGGCCACAAGGUACAAGGGGUUGAUGAAAUCUCUCAGAAACUCAAUCUGUUGCCAUUCGAUCAAUGCCAACAUGUGAUCAGCACCAUUGACUCACAGCCCUCCUCCUUCACUGGUGGCAUCAUGGUCUUUGUCAGUGGCAGCCUUAAACUACCCGGGGAGGAGCACCAACUAAGAUUUAGCCAGAUGUUUCACUUGGUUCCAUCAUCCGAAGGAAGCUUCUUCGUGCAGAACGACAUCUUUCGCCUCAAUUAUGGUUGAUUUGUGCCCAUUAACUGGAGAUCAUUUCAUGCUGUGACGUUGUUCCAUCUGUGUUUUAGUCCAUCUGAGGAAAUAAAACUGAUUGGCCUUACCCUUUC